ACGCCAAAGACACCAGCAGAUGAAGGAAAGGAGUAUUUUCUCAGCGAGCGGCGUGCAAAUGAGCGGCCCAUACGCGUUUACGAGCUGAGAUUGGAUCCCGAUGGUGGGCCUAACAAAGAUCGAUCUUAUAUCCGCCUUCCGCCAGCAUAUGUUCCAUAUAUUUUACGUGUCUCUCUUGACGCAGGCACGCCAGCUUCAAAGAAUGGCGUGUUCAAGACCAAUUUUCCUUUGGAUGGCGGUAUAUUCGAACGGAACAAGUUUGUUGAGCGCGAGCUUCCUAGUAACUUCUCGAAGCCCAUUCAAGUGGACUUGCCCAUUUCUCAUGCAGGAGCAUUCGUGUAUUGGGUCGAGUAUGAUGGUGACGUUCCUGGAGAACGUACCAAAGGGAGAGAAGGUUACUUUAAUAUAGAUCCGAUCUUGCGCACCAAAGCGCGAUCCCCAAUUCUUUCGUCAGAUCUGAAGCCACUGACUCCUGAGCAAGGCGGCGCAGUUCUUUCGCCAGAGACGGUAUACUUACCUCUUGAUGGCCUGGCUAUGCUUACUGUCGUUUCCAAAUGGAUGGGCCCAAUUUUCAAAUGGCGAGAACACUUUGCUGAGGCAGGUGAUCGUGGCUAUACCAUGUUGCAUUGGACACCGCUACAAGAACGGGGCUCAAGUGACAGCCCAUACUCUAUCAAGGACCAGAAACACUAUGACCCCUCGAUCUUUAUGGGCAGUAUUGAACCGGGUACUCCAGAUGCCAGUGCUCAGGUCAAGAAGAUUUUGCGUAUUGCGAAAGAGGAAUACGGUCUACUCAACUUGACCGAUGUCGUGUUAAAUCACACUGCUAGCGACAGCCCAUGGCUCGUAGAUCACCCAGAGGCUGGGUACAGUCCAGCGAACACACCUCAUCUGACUCCCGCUUUGGAACUCGAUACCGCGAUCCUGGAAUUUUCUUCGUCUCUUGCAUUAAAGGGCCUUCCUACACGAAUUCGGUCUGAAACAGAUAUUGACUUGCUCAUGAGUAGCCUGGCCGAAUUCAUCGAGGCCCGGAACAUGUGGCAGUACUAUGUCCUAGACGUUCAGCGGGAGAAAGAAGUGGUGAAUGACGCGAUAAAGAACGGAAACAUCAUACCAUGGACUGGCCCAGAUGUAGCUGGAAAACCGGUUGUGGCAUUGGCCGAAAUUGUCAAGACCUCAUCCAUUGUUUCAGGUCUCAAUGAGCUGGGCUCGCGCUAUGGCGCUCGUUCAGACGGCGAGAUGGCAGCGGGACUCAUCAAUGCAGCGUUCGUAAACAUAGGAAAUGAUGUCGAUACCCUGGUGGAAGCUUGGGGUCGCGUGAUCGACGCGAUCAAUGUUCCCCUGUACGAGGAGUGGGAACAGGACACAAAAAUUGCCUUAGAUCACAUCAAGAAUCGCCUCAAGUACAUUCGGCUGGAGGAGAACGGGCCAAAACUGGGUGAUAUUUCAGCAAGCUGUCCUCUCGUGGAGCCUUAUUUCACUCGUUUGACACCACUCGGUCCGUUUGACCAGGCCCAAUACAGUGUCGCGAAUAACGGCUGGAUAUGGAAUGCGGACCCACUUCAGAAUUUCGCUCUUCCUCCAUCAAAAGCUUACCUCCGGCGUGAGGUCAUUGUAUGGGGCGAUUGUGUGAAGCUUCGAUAUGGGUCGGGACCGGACGAUAACCCAUGGCUUUGGGGACAUAUGACGUCCUACGUGAGGAUGCUCGCAGCAACAUUUGAUGGUUUUCGUAUCGAUAAUUGCCACUCGACACCGUCGCAUGUCGGUGCUGCAAUGCUCGAUGUGGCUCGUGUCGUCAAUCCGGAUCUUUACGUCUGCGCCGAGCUCUUCACGGGCAGCGAGGAGAUGGAUCUAUUGUUCGUGCAGAGGUUGGGUAUCAAUAGUCUGGUUAGGGAAGCAGGUAACGCCUGGGAUCCGAAGGAGUUCUCGAGGGUCAUGUAUCGAUUUGGGCUUGGGAAGCCGCUUGGAUCUAUGGAUGGCGCAUGCUUGACAACCAUGGAAGAACUCGAUCCUCCGUUCGGGAGGGGUCCAACGCGUCCGUGCAUCGUUAGCCCUUUGAACGGCUCUGUGCCUCAUGCACUCAUGUAUGAUCUCACGCAUGACAACGAGUCUUAUCUCGACAAGCGUUCUGCUGAGCAUGCACUAUCCGUCGCUGGCAUUGUGACGUUUGGUUACUGUGCUGUUGCCUCAGUGAAAGGUUUUGACGAUCUGUAUCCGAAACUACUGAAUCUUGUCGAAGACAAGCGGCAAUAUGAGCUAACGUGGCUUGGCGAAAACUCGGGCAUUGCAAGGGCAAAGAGACUGCUGAAUGGCUUGCAUCGUGAAAUGGUUCUUGGCGGGUUUGAGGAGGGCCAUUACUGGCAGGAGGGCGAUUAUAUUCUCGUUCAGCGCAUGCAUCCGACAUCCCAGAAGGGUUAUCUGCUCAUUGCCCACACUGCAUUCUCAAAGGGCUCCAAGGACCGCGGCAUCGUGAACACUAUCGAGUUGUUGCGUACCAGAGCUCGAUUCAUAUAUGGCGCCUCGACCGAGUUUUCAUCGUAUGAAACACCCUAUGAUUCCGACACGAUCCGAGGGCUCCCCGCGAAGCUGGUUGAAAUGCCCAAUGUUGUUGUCCCGCAGAUAUCGCAUGUUGCUGUGCCGUUCUGCAGGAUCACAGUUCCAGACUACUUCCCGCCCGGAAGUAUUCUCAUCUUUGAGGUCGAGGUUCAGAACCUAGACGAGGAGCUGGACUCCUUCUGCGCCUCAGAUGCAGACAAGGCCUUUGGUGACCUUGACCUCGUUGAUUUGAACGUGGUAUUAUAUCGCGCAGAUGGUGAAGAAAUGGAUGCAACGAGUGGCGAUAUCGGCGUCUAUGAUGUUCCAGCCCUUGGCAAGUUGACGUAUUGUGGGCUGGAGGGAUGGAUGCAUCCUCUUCGGCACAUCAUGAAGUCCAACGAUCUUGGACAUCCACUUUGCGAGAAUCUCAGGCAAGGUCUUUGGGCACUCGACUAUAUCUAUUCAAGACUGCAAAAGCAAAUAAUUCAAUUUCCGAAACUUGUGUUGCCCGCACAGUGGUUUAAAGAGCGCACAGAACGCAUCAAAGCCUCCGUUCCUGCUUAUUUGCGUCCAAAGUACUUUGCUAUCGUGAUAUCAACUGCAUACAAAGCCGCUCGCCGUGCAGCGAUCGAACAAUGCUCUGCGUUCGUGUUUACAGGGCAUGAUUUCACACAGAAUCUCGCUAUGUGCGCCAUUCAGAUGCACGGAAGGGUACAAUCCGCAUCCCUUGAUCCGGUCAAAUCUACCCCAUCAUUGGCAGCAGGACUGCCGCAUUUCACCACAGGGUGGGCACGUUGUUGGGGCCGCGACGUCUUCAUCUCUUUAAGAGGGCUGUUUUUGACUACGGGCAAUUUCGAGGGCGCGAGAAAACAUAUCCUCGCUUUUGCGUCGACUUUGAAGCAUGGACUAAUCCCCAAUUUGUUGGACUCCGUCAGGAAACCACGGUACAAUUCGAGGGAUUCACCAUGGUGGAUGUUACAGAGUAUUCAAGAUUAUGUGGCCAGUGCACCUGAUGGUCUGUCGAUCCUAUCUGAGUCGGUGAAGCGUAGAUUCCCUGAAGAUGAUACAUGGGUUGCAUGGGAUGAUCCACGCGCGUACGCGUACACGAGCACUCUUGCAGAUAUCAUCCAAGAAAUACUCCAGCGUCACGCGAGUGGGAUCGCAUUUCGCGAGCAUAACGCUGGCCCCAACCUUGACAUGCAGAUGAACGAUAAGGGGUUCAACAUAGAUAUCGCAGUUGACUGGGAAACGGGAUUUAUUUUCGGCGGGAAUCAGCACAAUUGCGGGACUUGGAUGGAUAAGAUGGGCGAAUCUGCGAAGGCGGGCACGAAGGGGGUUCCUGGGACACCGAGAGAUGGCGCGCCGGUCGAAAUCACCGGUUUACUGAAAAGUACGCUGCGCUGGCUCGACAUGCUGUCGAGUACUGGAAGCUUCCCAUUCAAGGGUGUGGAGGCGAAAAUUAAUAGGCAGGAGAUUUUCAUUACCUACAAGGACUGGGGCGAUCUCAUACAGCAGUCCUUCGAAAGAUGCUACUAUGUUCCCCUGAAUACCGACGAGGACUCGCUCUAUGAUGUAAAUUCCGCUAUCAUCAAUAGAAGGGGCAUCUACAAGGACGUGUAUGGUUCUGGCUCAGGUCGAGAAUGGUCCGACUACCAGUUCAGACCAAAUUUCCCGAUCGCUAUGACUGUAGCGCCCGAAUUGUUCGAUGCUCAGCAUGCUAUUCACGCACUCCGCCUCGCUGACCAGGUUCUGCGGAGUCCACUUGGAAUGAAAACCUUAGACCCCAGUGACAUGCAAUAUCGGCCUCAAUAUGACAACUCCAAUGACACUACGGAUCCUUCCGUUGCAAAGGGACUGAACUACCAUAAUGGACCUGAGUGGGGUUGGCCGCUUGGCUAUUUCCUCCGCGCUUACCUCUACUUCGACACACGAUUUGGUGCAGGCAAAGGGGACCCAACUCCGACCCUUCACUAUCUUCAUAAAAUUCUGCUCGCCCCUAGGCAUCAUAUCCAGACCGAUCCGUGGGCUGGCCUCCCUGAGCUGACAAAUAAGAAUGGGCAAUACUGCGCCGACUCAUGUAAUACCCAAGCCUGGAGCGCCAGCACGUUGUUAGACUUUUUGGAAGAAGUUCAUGAAAUGGGGUCAUCUAAGUGACCACGAGAAUACGUUUGUGACAAAUGUAGGAAAUAUUAGUAGUUGAAAAGAAGGGUCCAUCAAACUUUACAUCGUCACAUUUGAGAAGCAUUGAGAAGCACACGAAUUUACGUUGAGAUGAGGUAGGGAUGAUCGAUGAGGGGGUCUGGUGUAUGGUCAUGUUUGUUGCGGGGAGAUGGGCUUGUAAGUCCUUGAUUCCAACUUUCACAAUCAGACUCAUCAGCUCUUCUCUUUCUUAUGUCUUUCUUUGGAUUCGAAACAAGCAAUCUAGAACGAGAAAAGAAGAAAUUCUUGGAAGGAGGCCUCCGGGAAACCGAGGACCUUGCGGUCUACACCUGGGGUGAAGAGAGCUAUGACGGGCUAGGAGAUGCGCUCCUUGAGGGCGGUGAUGAGCUGAACGACGAGACCUUUGGCGGGACAGGUGCUGUCGGUGAG